UCGACCAAUCACAUUUCGCCACGGUCGUUUCUUCUAGAUCUACUGUUUACCGGCGAGUUGGAAGAAACCUUGUGGUCAUCGUGUUUCCAGAAGUACUGUCUAACGAUCUUUAUCUAGAUCUAGAUCUAUUUUGUUUGUCCUGAUUUCAUAGCGCAGCCUGUUGAAAUUCCAAGAUAGACAUAGUAUGACAAAGAACCAAAUGAGACUAGGGCUUUUUGCCCUGAUUGUUUUUAUAUCCUGGACAUCUGUAGCUGGUCGACUAGCUGUGAUGUCCAUUGACUUGGGAGGAGAGUACUUUAAAGUUGCUAUAGUUAAACCUGGUGUGCCUAUGGAAAUAGCAUUGAACAAAGAGUCUAGCAGAAAGACACCAACUUUAGUUGCAUUCAGAGAUGGAGAAAGACACUUUGCUAGUGAAGCCCAAACAACAGCCUUGAGGUAUCCCCAAAAGGCUGUUGGCUACUUGAUGCAGAUCAUUGGCCGUCAGUUUGAUGAUCCACAAGUACAACUUUUUAGAAAGCGAUUCCCCUACUAUGACAUGUUGAAGGAUGAAGAGAGAGGCACUGUACUGUUUAAGAUUGAUGACGACACGAUUUACAGUGUGGAAGAAUUGUUGGCUAUGAUACUAGAACAAGCUAAGGAAUAUGCACAAAAUUUUGCAGAGCAAGAGAUUAAAGAUGCUGUGAUAACUGUUCCGCCAUUCUAUAACCAAGCUGAGAGGAGAGCAGUUCUCAAUGCUGCCAAACUAGUUGGUAUCAAUGUCCUCCAGUUGAUGAGUGACAAUGCUGCAGUUGCCUUAAACUAUGGUGUGUUCCGACGCAAGAACUUCAAUGCCACCAUGCAAUACUACAUGUUUUAUGACAUGGGCUCCACAAGCACCACGGCAACUAUUGUAGGUUAUAAUGUUGUAAAGACCAAAGAAGGAACCAGAUCUGAGUCCAAUCCACAGCUAACUAUUAAAGGCGUUGGGUUUGACCGUAGUCUUGGUGGUCUGGAGUUCACCUUAAGGUUGCGUGAUCACCUGGCCAAGUCUUUCGAUGGUCAAAAGAAGACAACACUCAAGGUGGAACAAAACAGUCGAGCCAUGGCCAAGCUGUUCAAGGAAGCAGAGAGAGUCAAGAAAGUUUUGAGUGCUAAUGUGGAUCACACUGCACAGGUUGAAAACUUGUUGGAUGAGAAAGACUUCAAGUCCCCAGUGACAAGAGCAGAACUGGAAGAACUAACACAGGAUUUGUUUGACAGGGUAACCAAACCCAUUGAAGAAGCUUUGAAACUAUCAGAUAUCACCCUGCCUGAGAUCACUGAAGUGAUACUUAUGGGAGGUGGUACAAGAAUGCCUAAAGUUCAAGAAAUUUUGAUGAAGUAUUUGGGCAGGUCUGAGCUAGGUAAAAGUAUUAACACAGAUGAAGCUGCUGCCAUGGGGGCUGUCUAUCAGGCCGCUUACCUUGGUAAAGGUUUCAAAGUCAAGAAGUUUGGUGUCAGAGAAGGCAACAUUUAUCCAAUUAAUGUAGAGUUUGAGAGACAGAAGACUGAGGAGGAAGAACCCAAACUAAUCAAGCGUACACUGUUUAGUCGCAUGAACCCAUACCCACAGAAGAAAGUCAUGACCUUCAACAAACAUACUAAAGACUUCAGCUUUAUGGUGACCUACAGUGGACUAGAUUUCCUUACAGAAGAAGACAGAAGGUCCUUUGGCACACCUUUGAUCAGUAAAUAUACUUUAGUUGGUGUGGAGGAUGCACUAGCCAAUAAUAAAGACAAAGAACCCAAAGGCAUCAAAGCUCAUUUCCAAAUGGAUGGCAGUGGUAUUCUAACACUUGACAGGGUGGAGUCCAUAUUUGAAAAGAAUGACACUGAAGCUGAAGAGAAAUCUACUUGGUCAAAGCUGGGCAGUGCUAUUGGAGGCUUGUUUGGCAGUGGAGCCACUGAUGAAGAGAAUAAAGUGGAAGAUACUCCCGAGCAAGAGGGUGAGGACACACCAUCAGGUGGACCCACUGAUGAAAGCUCCAGCCCACUGGAGAAGGAAACUGGUCAGAAUGACACUAGUACUGGCACAGAACCAAAGGAGGAGCAGGCAGAUUCCAAUGAAGAGAGUACAGAGAGUGACAAGAAAGAGGAUGAGGAUGAGAAGACAGAGAACAAAGAGGGUCAAAAGGAGGAAAGUGCAGACAAAGAGGAGCCUCCUCAAGACAAACAGGAGGAUGCUACUCAGAAGAAAGAUGCCAAGAGUGAACAGCCCAAAGCUGAAGGGACAAAUAAAACAGAAGAAGAGAAAAAGUCCCAAGAAGCUAAAGAGAAAGGUCCAAAGGUACUCAGUAUAAAAGAACUCAUUAAAACGGAAGAAGAAAUCCUAGACUUAAAGAACCUGACCAAUGAGAAGUUUGUUGCUGCUAAACAAAGGCUGUCAGAGUUGAGAAAAAUAGAUAAAGAGAAAAUGGAACUUGAGAAAGCUAAAAAUGAGUUGGAGUCUUUCAUCUUUGACCUGCAGGACAAGUUGAGCCAGGACCUGCACAUGAAAUGUACCACUGAAGAAGAAAGAGAGAAGAUCAAUGCACAGCUGAGUGAAGCGUCAGACUGGUUGUACGACCAAACCCCAGAGACUAAGAAAGCUGACUUUGUCUCUAAGCUGAAGUUCUUGAAGGAUGCCACCAAAGCUCUGAGUAAGAGAGUGUAUGAGCAUGAAGAAAGACCUAAAGCUCUGGCAGCACUGAAGAGUGCACUCAACCAGACCACAGUGUUUUUGGCCACAGUGAAGAACAUGACAGAUGUAGAGGAUCCUAUCUUUACACAGGUGGAGCUGGAGACCUUGGAAAAACUGAUCAAUGAAACAAAACAAUGGAGAGAUAACAGUGUAAAAGCCCAGUCUAAACUAAAAGCUUAUGAGGAACCGACGCUCAAAGCUGAGGAUGUCGGCUUAAAGAUUGCUGCCUUGGACAGAGAAAUGAGAUAUCUCAUUAAUAAGGCAAAGAACUUCAGACCCAAGCCUAAAGUCAAGGAAGACAAAGCUAAGAAGAGUGAAAACACUUCAGAAGAAACUAGCACUGGGGACUCCACUCAACAAGCUGAUGUUCCGCCAACUGAUGAGAGUGGCAAAGAGGAUGCCCCUGAUGAGGCAACAUUUGACCCCACUGAGGAGACUGAGACUCCAACUGCCACACCUGAUACUCCUUAUGCCACCCCAGAUAGUCCAGAACAGGAGUCAGCUCCACCUACUAAAAAGGAGGAUGCUAAGCCUUCUGGGGAGAAGGAGACACCAGAAGACAGAACAAGUUCUGGUAAAAGGAAACCCAAAUCAAAGAGGAAACCUAAAGAGGACACUACAGAGGAGGAAAUACUCCAGCUAGACAAAACCUUUCAUGAGGGGGGAGAACUUUGAGUUUUUACACAGUCUUUCUGUUCAGAUAUGAUGGAGUGCAGACAGAACAGGCUCAUCCAGAUCAACAUGGGGAGUUAUAACACUUGCCCUCAGGAUAGAUCUCAGAUAUUGGAUGUCAGUUGCUAACUUGACCGGAUGAACACUUUGAAUAGCUGAAGUCAGGAUAGGAUGAACUUUCAGUGUGUGAGAUAUUGAUAGUUUUGGUAGACUUUGACUGAUUGAUGUUUAGUUGUUGUGAAAGAUUAAUAGCAGUGCCAGAAGACCAUUAAAUCUGAUGUAAACCCACAUUCAAAACCAAGACCAUUGACUUAGGCACUGAGUGCUGCUAGUUCAUCUUCAACAUUUCAUUGAUUCUUUUGAAAGAGAGACUGAAGUGAGACAGAAUUUGUUCAAUGAACAAUUUUAUUUAUAUGUUCAAAUCUGUAGACAGACCAUACCCAUGGAUAUUUAUUAUGUGAUCAAUAUUUAAAUUGUAUAUUUGUUUGAAGGUAUAUUUUUACAUUAGAUGUUUCUUAUUGCCUGAGAUUUCCACACUAUAGGAAUAUAGUAUUCAAGUCAUAUGCCAGUUUGGAAUGGAGAUAGUAACGAACUUAAGCAUCUGAAAGGUAUUAUAUUUGAAUGAAUAUGUGAGCUUUAAAAUCUUGAGUUGGUCAAAUGAAAUGUUCUAUCUCAAGUAUUUAUUAUAUAGUUUAUACUAUGAUACACCAAGACUGCUAUAAAAUAUGUCUAUAUGUUAGUCAUAAUUUCACUCUAGGAAUAAUCAUCUAAGCCUUUCAUCUUACUGACAUUACCCUUGGUUGUGUUUGGUGGUAUCAAUAGCCAUUGUUUAUUAGUUAGGCCUAUAUGUAGUAUAAUUGAAAAGAAAGUCUCUGCAGUCACCUCCACUAGGUGAACUAGAGAUUCAAGUUGAGUGAUUUUAUUUGAGUGUACAUUUGUUUUCUUAAAGCGGGCCUUUUUUUGUGUGUGUGAUUUAGAAGAUAAGACUGGCAUUAUUGAAAGCAUUUACUAUUGUUGGAUAAAAUUUAAGUCAUUUGUUUAUUCUGUAUUGUGGUUCAGUUAUCAGCUCGUCUAAAUGUUGUCUGUCUAUCUUAUCAAUUAUGAAUGAAUCUGGUAUUAGUUGUUUUUUGAUUGUCAAAGAAAGUCAGUGCUAUAACACUCUUUGUUGACUGUCAAAGAAAGUCAGUGCUAUGACACUGUUGACUGUCAAAGAAAGUCAGUGCUAUGACACUGUUUGUUGACUGGGAGAAACAUUUCUAUCUAUGAUCUGUGACCAAUUUCCAUUCAUUCAUGUUCUAUGUGUGUGACCAAUACUAACUAUUUAUUUUGUAAAUAAUGAAACAGUGUAAGACUGAGGAGAUGUGUUCCAAGUAAAAUGUCAAUUAUAUUUAAUUCUAAAAUGUUUUUAUUCAUGUCAACAUUUUUAUGUGUAUUUCUGGAUAACAUAAAUGAAUCAAAAUCAUUUUGAAAGUGGAAUUACAGUAUAGUACAGUUUAACUAAUAGUACAGGUAAAAUUGAAGCUAAUUGAUAUGUAAACAAAAGUAGAUAGUUCUGUUUUUUUUAUAUUGUUUUAUUGACAUUUUUUUUAAGAUCACACAUUUCUAAAUGAUGAAAUCUUGAUUAGAGAAAAGACUUGUGUAGUAAACAUUUGAUUCCCAGCAUUCCUUGUUGUAUGUUGACGUAGUGAUGUAUCAUUUCAUGCCAUUUGUAGACUCUGUUUAUUAUUAUUAUUAUUAUUUAUUUUUUUUAUUUGCUUUUUUUCCCUCACCAUUUGUUCAGGCAUGAAUUUUGAUCAUCUGCCUGUUGCUUUAGACUCUAUAUGGUUCACUGUUUUGUGGCUUCUCUGCCUAUUGACUUCAUUCUGUUGUUGAAGGACAUUUGUUACAUUGAUCAAUUGUACAUUGCUCAUUAAAUAACUUUGAAUAAUUAA